GCAGCUACAGUCUCACAUACAGGAACAGCAGAGAGGACGCAAAACAAGGUGACUCCUGCAGAGGCCAUCCAGGCAGAUCCUUCUAUGUUUUUCUAGAGCCAGAACAGUUUGGUGUCUACAGACACAGCUUCAACUGUGACCCCAGAGACUGAGACAUCAUGUCAGGGGACGGUAGCCAGGGUGACAAAACCCAGUGCAAUGGAGAGAAAAAUCACAGGUAUACCUUCGGUUUCAUGGGAUUUGUUUUUCCUUUCUGUGUGGCAGCUUUUGCUGUGUCAGCUGUGGCCUCGCAGUGGGAGAGGACGGGAAAACCCUUCAACCCACUGCUCGGAGAAACCUACGAGCUGCUCAGAGAGGAUCUGGGGUUCAGAUGGGUCUCUGAGCAGGUCAGUCAUCAUCCGCCGGUCAGUGCCUUCCACGCCGAGGGCAUAAAGAGCGACUUCAGGUUUCAUGGCUCCAUUUAUCCGAAACUGAAAUUCUGGGGAAAGAGUGUGGAGGCCGAACCGCGUGGAAUCAUCACCUUAGAGCUUCCUCUCCACAAUGAAGCCUACACCUGGACCAACCCGACCUGCUGUGUUCAUAACAUUAUCAUGGGACAACUGUGGAUUGAGCAAUAUGGAAAUGUUGAAAUUAUUAAUCAUAAAACUGGGGAAAGAUGUUGUUUGACUUUCAAACCGUGUGGAAUAUUUGGAAAAGAGUUGCAUAAAGUGGAAGGAUACAUACUUGAUAAAAGGUAUGUAGACAUUACUAAAAUGACAAAUGUUAUUUCUGUCCCAGGGACCCAAAUAACGUGUUGCGCUCUCUUGGCCACCUUCUAUGCUUUCACGACAUUCGCUCUGCAGUUGAAUGUGCUGGAUGCAGAGAUGGAGCGAGUUCUUCCACAGACAGACUGUCGUCUGAGGCCUGAUAUCAGAGCCCUGGAGAAUGGAGACAUAGGUACAUCGAUCGCUUAUUGUGUCUUAUAA